AUGAAGUUGCCUCCUGGUUAUUCUGUUCCUCUCACUUCUAAUUCUGGGCAGCUGGUUUGCAAGCUUCAGAAGUCUCUUUAUGGUUUAAGACAGGGUUCUGGUGAUUCUUUUGUUGUUUUAGCUGUGUAUGUGGAUGACAUAAUUUUGACUGGGACUGAUUCUACUGAGAUUUCAGCUUUAAAAUCCUUCCUUCAUCAACAAUUUCGGAUCAAGGAUCUGGGGUCUCUUAGCUAUUUCUUGGGGAUUGAGGUUCUAUAUUCUUCUACUGAUGUUUCCUCUGUUUUGUGUCCUCUUGAUCUGAAUGUGAAGCUUAAAGCCAAUGAAGGUGAUCCUUUGCUCAAGCCUGAACUGUAUAGAUCUUUGAUUGGUAAGCUGAAUUUUUUAACUCACACGAGGCCUGACAUCAGCUAUGCAGUCCAACAUCUCAGUCAAUUUAUGCAGUCUCCCUGCCUUCCCCACAUGUCUGCUGGCUUGCAUCUAUUAAGGUACUUGAAGGGUACUUCUGAACAUGGGAUCUUCUUCAAUGCCUCUCCAGACCUGUCUAUUUCUGCCUUUUGUGACAGUGACUGGGCUGCCUGCCCUGACACUAGGCGUUAUGUCUCUGGUUAUUGUGUCUUAUUAGGUGGUAGCCUUGUGGUUUGGAAGUCCAAGAAGCAGCCCAUUGUUAGCAUGUGCUCUGCUGAAGCUGAGUAUCGAGCCAUGAGUAAAGGAGUGGCUGAGUUGACCUGGUUGUCUAGAUUGCUUACUGACUUAGGCCUUCCUUGUUCUUCCUCCAUUCCUUUAUUUUGUGACAGUCAAGCUGCGAUACACAUUGCUCGAAACCCAGUUUUCCAUGAAAGAACCAAACAUAUAGAGUUGGAUUGUCAUCUGGUUCGGACCAAGCUGGCUGAGGGUUUGAUUCAUUUGGUACACACUUCUUCUUCUACUCAGUUGGCUGACCUCUUCACUAAGCCACUUCCAGGUGCUGCUCAUCAUGGUUUUCUGCUCAAGUUGGGGGUCUUCCCACCCUCCAACUUGAAGGGGGGUGUUGGAGUUAUUGAAAGGAGUCCAGAUUAA